CCCAGCUCCGCUAGAUCUCCCCUCAAGUUACCUCUAUCCUCAUGUCGGACUCGCCCUGGAACGCCGCCCCCGUGCCUGGCCAGGAGGCCCCGCGCGCCCCCAAGCCCGCUGCGCACGCGCCGGCCGCCAAGCAGGAGGAGCACGUGGUGUGGAACGCCGCGCCCAAGCCGAACGCCACCACGACCGAGAAGAUCAAGGACAAGACGCGCCACGCCGUAGAGGACGUCAAGGACGUGGCCGCCAAGGUGACGAGCACCGUCGAGGGCUACAAGAACGACAGCGUGGCCAAGGUGAAGAAGAUCAAGGAGGAGCGGAAGGUGGCCAAGGAGGAGAAGAAGGCCGAGAAGAAGGCGGAGAAGAAGAAGGAGAAGAAGGCGGAGGAGUCCGCCGGCGCCUGCGGCCUCUGCGGCUGCACCGUCAUGUAAGAAGGCCCGACGAGAAUCGUUCUCAGUUUUUUUACAGGAGUGUAGCUGAGGUAGUAGUAGCCGUAGAACCUCCCUUCCUCAGCUGCGCUCAAACGCCCCCGUCGACGUCCGUUGCUUUAAACAACAUGCCGUGGUUGCGCAGUGUC